AUGAUAAGAAUUAACUUUGCCUAUUUUUUUUAUUUGGAAGCAUUCGUAUCUUUUGAAUUGAUUUGGACAAGUAUUAACUCAAAUAAGAGUUUGCUUUGGAUUCCUAUCCUAUUACAUUACAUAGGAAUAAUAGUUAAGUUAGUAAUAAUGAAAUAUUCAGAUUACAAAGUAUUGUGGAUUGCAGUAGUAGGAAAUGAUGGAGUAGCAUUGGGUUUAUUAUAUGUAAAGGAUUAAGAUUUAUCAUUUUUAUAUGUAGAGUAGAUUUAAAUUUUUAGGUGCUCAUAUUGAUAUAGUUUGAGUUGUUAUACGACAGAAAAAUGUUUUAUAAUUAAUGUAUACUAGUUUUAUAUUGGGGAAUGAUUUUUUAAGUUUUAUGUAAUUAUUUGGAAGUGUGGAGAUUGAUGUUAACAUUGGGAGAGUGUUUAGCAUUAUUUAGUUUUUUAUACUUUAUGAAUCGAAAAAAGAGAUUAGAAAAUGAUACCAAAUAAAACUAAUGUGUACAAUUAGAGACAACUGUGAGUGCUAAAUUGCAGAUUUUAAAAUUAAUGUAUGAGUGAUCAAGUAAGUGAGGCCCU